CCUAACCUCCGAGAGGGGCACCUUUUCUAGUAUGAGGGCGACCGCAAAAAGAAAGGCAUCAUCACGACUCGGGCAGCGGUUGAAUCGUUCUUGGUAGAAAUAUCGGCGCAGGCGAAAGGGAAGGUCAACAAUCAAAGGCAGUAUCAACACCAACGGCAACAAUGGGGUCAAGAGUUCUUCGAGUGGCGGCCGCCCAAAUGGGUUCGACGCACUACAGCGACGCCCGGACUAAGACGCUGGACCGGAUGCUGGUGCUGCUCCAGGACGCCGCCGCCAAGGGAGCACAGCUCGUUCUUUUCCCCGAAACUGCCUUCACAACAUUCUUUCCUCGGCACCUCAUCAACGACCCGGUGGAGCUCGACUCCUUUUUUGAGCACGGCGAUAUUGUCACGCAGCCUCAAACAAAACCCCUGUUUGACAAGGCCAAGGAGCUUGGCGUCGACGUGUCAGCUGGCUUUGCCGAGAAGACGGACGAUGGCGAAACAUUCAACUCGAGCAUCUACUACCACGCCAAGAGCGGCUCAAUCAUUUCGAAGUAUCGCAAGAUUCAUCUCCCCGGCGACUUUGAGCCGUUCGCAGACCCAGAGGCCACCAAUCAACUGGAGAAGCGGUACUUCAAGCCCGGCGACCUGGGCUUCAAUGCGUUCCGGGUGCCUGACCUUGUUGGGCCGUCUCCGGAACGCGGAGACCCCAUCUUUGGCAUGAUGAUUUGCAAUGACAGGCGCUGGGCUGAGAGCUGGCGCGUUCUCGGCUUGCAAGGGGUUGAAGUCGUGCUCUGUGGAUACAACACGGCCGGCUUCGCGCCUCACCUCUGGGGAUCAAGCGCCAGCAUGGACCCGGACGAGGCGCGCAACAAGGCGCUCUUCCACCACAAGCUCGUCAUGCAGGCCCACAGCUAUACCAAUGCAUGCUUCAGCAUCAGCGCAGCGAGGUGCGGCCUCGACGACGGCAAGUACGACCUCAUAGGCGGUAGCUGCAUCACCGGACCCGAGGGUGAGCUCAUCGCCGAGGCAUCGACGACUGAGGAUGAGGUUGUCUACGCGGAGAUCAACCUCGACGAGUGCCGGCCGGGCAAGGAGCGCACGUUUGACUUUGCCCGACACCGGCGGGUGGAGCACUAUGGCCGCAUCACGGAACAGACGGGUGUCGUGGAGCCUCCCAAGCUGUCAGUCGACGGGCAAGCUCAAGCAAACGCUGCCGGUGUGACGGCCGGGGCCAAGAACAAGGACAAAAAGAUCCGCAUUCUCCUCAUCAACCCCAACAGCACACGGGCAAUGACAGACGCCUGUGUCGCCAUGGUGGAGAGCCAGCUGCCACCGGAUGUCAUCGUCACGGGGUUCACGGCCCCGAGACCCUCGCCAUCGGCCAUCGAGGGCAGCUUCGACAACGUCAUGUCGGCUGCCGCUGCCGCGCGGGCUGUGCUCCCGCUCGCAUCGACCCACGACGCCGUGCUGGUGGCCUGCUACUCGGACCACGCUCUCAUCCGCAUGCUCCGCGAAGAGCUGCCCCGUCAGCCCGUCAUUGGCAUCAUGGAGGCGUCCCUCUUCGCGGCCCGGACCCUCGGGGGCCGGUUCGGGCUGAUUGCGGUGAGCGAGCGGUCCCGGGUGCUACACGAGGACAGCAUCCACCACUACGGGUUCUCGACGUCGUGCGCCGGGGUCAUCUCGUGCAAGCUGGGAGUGCUGGACCUCCACGAGAAGAGCCAGGACGAGGUGAUGGGCAUCAUGGCCGACGUCGGGAAGCGGCUGGUGGACGACAAGGGCGCCGACGUGCUGCUGCUCGGCUGCGCGGGCAUGACGCCGCUCAAGGGAGCUGUCGAGGCCGCAGUCGGCGAGGACGUGCAGGUCGUCGACGGCGUCCUGGCCGGGGUCCAUCACUUGGUGGGGCUCGUGAGGAUGGGAGGCCGGACGGCAAAGAGCGGCGUGUACAAGAGCUCCAGCGAGGGACGCAAAGCCAGAGGCCAAGCCUGGAUCUGAGUUGGCCGCAGAGUCAUCAUCACCAAAUACAUAGCUACAGCGAGUAUAAUAUCCCAAGUUGUGCUAUCCAGGGGAAAUAAACCCCGCCAAAGAGAAACGAGGGCAUGUGCCAGGUGUGGCCUGG